AAGGACAUGUGAGAUAGUUACAGUUGUACAGUGGACAGGGAAAGAUCUAACCAUUUCAUCUCCGUGUCUGUGUAGAAUGACUGCGCUUGAAUGGACAUCCGCAUCGAAAGAGUAACCUUGUUUUUAUGAGAGCAACUGUUGGAGAACAGGAAACCCCAAAUCUGCCUUGAAAGCGUCGUUGCGCACACUUUGACUGAUAUUAUUACGGGGACUUCGUGGAAACUAGCAGAUACGGAGUUAAAGUGGAAGAUCCAGCUUCGCUUUCUUUGCUCGUUUUAAACGUCAAUCUACCGCGUUCUCAGAUUCACAUUUCAUACAAAACUGCUUCGCUGUGCUUUUUCUCCACGUACUGAGAUAAUAUUUUUUUCUGGAUACGCGUUUGUUUUUGCCAGAGAACACCACUAAAUAUAUUUUUCACUACGAUUUUUUGGAUGCACCGAUGAGAGAUCCAGUUUUUACGGGGACUGCCAUGGCUUACCACCCUUUCCACGCUCACCGGCCGACCGACUUUCCCAUGUCAGCGUUUCUCGCGGCCGCGCAACCCUCCUUCUUCCCGGCGCUGACCUUGCCUCCCGGGGCUCUAACAAAGCCGAUCCCGGACCAUACUCUGGUCGGAGCCGCGGAGCCUGGACUCCAUGCGGCUCUGAGUCAUCAUCAUCAGGCAGCUCAUCUUCGCACUCUCAAGAGCAUGGAGCCGGAGGAAGAAGUGGAAGAUGAUCCAAAAGUCACACUGGAAGCGAAGGAUCUGUGGGACCAGUUCCACAAAAUAGGAACAGAAAUGGUUAUUACGAAAUCUGGCAGGAGAAUGUUUCCGCCGUUUAAAGUCCGCAUUAAUGGACUCGAUAAAAAAGCCAAGUAUAUUCUGUUAAUGGAUAUUGUGGCUGCCGACGACUGCCGCUACAAGUUUCACAACUCUCGCUGGAUGGUAGCGGGGAAGGCCGACCCGGAGAUGCCAAAGCGAAUGUAUAUACAUCCGGAUAGCCCAGCUACUGGGGAACAAUGGAUGGCUAAGCCUGUUGCUUUUCAUAAACUAAAGUUAACCAACAACAUUUCGGACAAACAUGGAUUUACAAUCCUGAAUUCAAUGCAUAAAUACCAGCCCAGAUUCCACAUUGUGAGAGCCAACGACAUCCUGAAGCUUCCUUACAGUACUUUCAGAACAUAUGUUUUUCCCGAGACCGAUUUUAUUGCUGUCACAGCUUAUCAAAACGACAAGAUAACACAAUUGAAGAUUGAUAACAACCCUUUUGCCAAAGGCUUCAGAGACACAGGGAAUGGAAGGAGAGAAAAAAGGAAACAGCUGACCCUUCCAUCAUUACGCAUGUAUGAGGAUCAAUGCAAAGUGGACCGUGAUGGCGGGGACUCUGACGCUUCCUCAAGCGAACCUACAACCGGCAGAGAUGCUAGUCAUUCACCAGGACCGGUCUCAAGCCCACUUACAUUUAACCGGAGCAGCAGAGAAGACAAAACAUGCACUGACAGUGAGCACGAACUGGACCACCAAGAUGAAGGAUGUGGUGGCUCAAGCAGUCCUGGACCCGAACCUCCAUCUCCGUUCAGAUCGAAAUGUGAGGACCGUGGACGCGAGAGGCCUGUUUUGGAGAAAAAAGACGAUUACCCCGUGUCCAGAAAAUCCAGCGAUUCCAUAUUUAGCAUAAGAAAUUUGGAGAAAGACAAACCAGAGAGCAGGCAAAGAAAAGACACAGACUUGUCAAAAAAGGACAUUGAAAAUGGAGGUCUUAGCAGCAGUAAAGACAGCUUUUCUCCUCUAAUGGUACAGACAGAGAGCCCUUCACAUUUUGGGGCAGGGCACCUUCAGAGUUUGGCGCUCUCCGGCCUACACAGUCAACAGUUCUUUAACCCACUAAACUCCGGACAACCUUUAUUAUUCCACCCUGGACAGUUUGCCAUGGCACCUGGAGCGUUUUCAGCCAUGGGUAUGGGACAUCUAUUAGCUUCAGUAUCAGGAACUGGUGGGCUAGAGAAUGGAAGUCUGCAGGGUACCGGGAGCAGCCCCAGUUCUUUUCCAUUUCAUCUGUCUCAACACAUGCUCGCCUCUCAGGGCAUUCCGAUGCCAACCUUCGGUGGACUUUUCCCUUACCCGUACACCUACAUGGCCGCGGCAGCUGCAGCGGCCUCCGCCCUUCCAGCGAGCAGCAGCGCGGCCUCCUCGCUCUCCAGAAACCCGUUCCUGAGCGGCUCCACUCGCCCGCGACUGCGAUUCAACCCUUACCAGCUCCCCGUGUCUAUCCCACCAAGCACAAAUCUGCUUACCACCGGAUUGCCAAGCGGCCUAAACCCCUCAUCCGAAUCAUCAAAAUGCGGUAGCAGGGAGACGAGUCCUGUGCCUGAUCAACAUAACCAUAAACCAGGAGCGAGUCAGAGAAACGGCUCACCUAAAAUAACAAUGAAGGAAUCCAUCAAUGAACUUCAGAACAUACAGAGACUAGUGAGCGGCAUAGAGAGUCAGAGGGAGACCUCCUCUCCAAGGGAUUCCCCAAAGUGAUCAAGCGACCCUAAACCUAUCCAGGGCAUGACUUGAAUUGCCAGAGGAUUUUAUUAAGUGAUUCUCUGCGACACAUUUCAUUAUGUACUGUUUUGCGCAUGGGUGACUGAAGUGGAAAAGAAGUAAAAUAAUUCUGCAUAAAUUGGACUUGAUGCUCUUAAGGUGGAGAUUUAUGCUGCGAAGACAAUCUACGGUAUAAUGGACUCUUUCAAGAACCUGUUGACAAGAUCACACCAAUCUAUUAGAAGAAGGAAAGGAUUUAAUGAAUAAAGUUUUGCGUAUUGUCAAUAGGAUCACUUCAAUAUCUAUGGUGAUCUGUAUAUUGAAAACAACAAAGCUAAAUCCCAAAAAGGAAAAAAACUAAACACACACAAAAAAGAAACGAAUAAAGAAUAUUUUAAAAGGGAUUGUCAAGACAGUUAGUUGGACCGUUGUUUAAAUCCGACGGACAGUUAUACCUGAACUAUUUAAUGUAAUUAUUAUUAAAAGAAACCUAAUUCUGUAAAUAAGCUACAAGGACCUAAGAAUAUGCAAAUUGGUAUUAAUUUAUUCAAAGCUGUACAUUUGCGUGUACAUAAUAUUUAGAGUUUAACUCAUUGCAUUUUCCCCACAAUGGUUAUUGUAAAUGAAAGUUAUAGCGUUUGUUGUUUGGAGACAGAAGGUGUUAAUCUGUGAUGCUGUUUAAUCUGCCUGUGACACGUCAUGAAAGCGUGUGCCAUCAUUGCAUUGUAACAACCGCUGUAUAAACACUUAUUACGUCGGAGAAACUUAUCUGCGGGACUCAUGCGGUUUAGAAAGCCUCAGGUUAAUGUACUCUAACACGGAAGGGACCGACAUUCCUCUUCUUGAGUUUAUAGAAAGAAAUACUAUAUGAACGUGUCACGUUUUGCUGGCUGUCCGGAUUUUUUGUUGUUGUUGUUGUAGGAUUCUUUCACAAUUUCAAUAAAAAAAUUCAAUGUUUAAAUAUUUUAAA